CGGCCCCUUAGCAACAGCUGAGUCUGUCUACAGCAACAGCCCUGCUGUUAAAAUCAGCGUUUGGGUGUGGAUCCAUUUAUGGAGGAACAUUACAAAAUGGGAUUUCAUUCAACUCUGCAUAUAUGAUUCCACAGGGAGCCCUGCUUAAAGACUUGAAUGUGUGAAUGAGAGCAGAAAAACAUGUUGGAUGUGUGAUGAAUGAGAGGAGGAAGCGUCAAGCAGGGUGUGGUGCAGAUGAAAGCAUGUAUGUCCACAGCGAGCAGAGGAGGAACUUUCAGUCUAAACCCUUUCAUGAGAGCACAGCGUUCACUUUGCUUCCACUGAGACCGCAACCAUAUGGAGACACAGGGCUUUCCUCCAGAGGCUCUGAGCUCCUUGGCCUGCAAGUACAGGGGUUCUGCUGUCCCCUCCAGCAGAGGCCCAGCAGUGGGAGGGUGACACACAGGGUGACACCACAGAGCAGAAAUGGGGUAGAUGGGAGCCUGACACUGCUGAGCAGUCUCAACGGAAGGCUGGAGAGCAGAACAAAACUCGCAUCAAGGUUCAGGACUGGGAGCAGACCUGAGAUGACCCCAGAAUUCCUGUUCCAGACUCCCACUGUGUGCCAUCACAGAGAUCCAGUCAGUGGCGCAGCAGAAACUCCCACAACCCCCUGCGACAAUAAGAGGCAGGCUCCUUAUGGACAUCCCGGCGCCGCAAAGGUUUCAGAACUCCAUCUGUAUCUGCCUUCAUCACUCUGUUAUGACGAGGAGCAGGACCCUGAGACUGAGGAGAUGAGGACUUUAGCAGAGGAGACCAGCGCUCAGGAAUCUAAGGUCAAACCAAACAAUGUAAACCCUUCACACACCAGUCAAGACCAGCCAGGACCCGGCGCUCCACAGCACACCUUCUGAUGACAUCACACCGGAGGACUCUGAGCACAGCUGAGAUGUGAAGCAUAUAGAGUUCAGAGCAGAAAACAGAUGGAGCCAAUUUGCCCCUAAAGAACAUCCACGUGGGCAGAACAGAAAAGAGCGAUGGGGAAACAGGCCUCUGCUGAUAAGGUCUGCAACUGUCCACAAAUGGAGGCUCCAUAACGAGAGGCUGGGGAGUCUGCCAAAAUAAAACUACCCCACAAUAGAGUCUGGGGGCACAGGAAAAUAAGAGUAUAUAAUUAUGUACUGCUGGGCCACUUGAGAAAAAACAAAGUAGUAAGAGAAACAAAAUAAAACUCACAACAGGAACAUAUACAGAGACAAGACUGGGGCACACACAGGAGAGCAACCAAAAAGGAAAUAUUCCAAAAAUAUUUGACAGCAAAGUAGCUGUAAAGGUAAAGAAUGUAAAAUAUAGAGACCGUGUGAACAGAAAGGAAAAGAUGUACAAAAGUUAAACUAUUGGUAAUUCAACAAAUAUGACUAAAGGGAUACAAUGUUUAUUUUUUUUAAGUAUUUGAGCAUGUUUUAGGACUGUAACAACCACUGAGGAUACUGAUGCUGCUUCCAUGCACACAUUAUUUGUAACUAUGACAUUAAAAAAUAAUUUAAA